GGCACAGCAUCGCGUUUCUGCCGGCAGUCAGUGGUGGCUUCCAGAGUCUGAGCAGGCUCCUUCACAGCCAUGGCUGAGGGCGGAGAAGGGGAAGAUGAGAUCCAGUUCCUGAGAACUGAUGAUGAGGUGGUGCUCCAGAGUGUGGCCACCAUCCAGAAGGAGCACCGCAAGUUCUGCCUGGCCGCUGAGGGACUCGGAAACCGUCUAUGUUUCCUGGAAUCCACAUCGGAAGCUAAGUAUGUCCCUCCAGACAUGUGCAUUUGUAACUUUGUGUUGGAGCAGUCCCUGUCAGUGCGGGCCCUGCAGGAGAUGCUGGCUAACACUGGGCAGAACAGCGAAGGGAGCGCUGACCAUGAAAAAUGGGCGGGUCAGGGGGGUGGACACCGGACCCUGCUUUACGGUCAUGCCAUCCUCCUACGCCACUCCUUCAGUGGCAUGUACUUGACCUGUUUGAAGACAUCAAGAUCUCUGACAGACAAGCUGUCAUUCGAUGUCGGACUACAAGAAGAUUCAAUAGGAGAAGCCUGCUGGUGGACCAUCCACCCUGCGUCCAAGCAGAGAUCCGAGGGAGAGAAAGUCCGCAUCGGAGAUGACCUGAUUCUUGUCAGCGUGUCAACAGAGAGAUACUUGCACCUCUCCAUCUCCAAUGGAAACAUCCAGGUGGAUGCCUCCUUCAUGCAAACUCUGUGGAAUGUCCAGCCUACCUGCUCUUCAAGCAACAUGGCUGUAGGAUAUUUGAUUGGUGGACAUGUGAUUCGUCUUUGUCACGGGCAUGAUGAGAGCUUGACCAUCCCUGGAGCAGACAAGAGUGAGGAGGAGCAGAGGAUAGUCAACUAUGAGGCGGGUAAGGGAGGGUCUAAGGCCCGCUCGCUGUGGAGACUGGAGCCUCUCAGGAUCAGCUGGAGCGGUAGCCACAUCCGGUGGGGCCAGGCCUUCAGACUCCGUCACCUCUCCACUGGCCAUUAUCUGGCCCUGACCGAGGACCGUGGACUGGUCCUGCAGGACAGGGAGAAGUCCGACACCACGGCCACCGCCUUCUGCUUCAGGGCCUCCAAGGAAAAGGGUGACUCGGGCCCAAAGAGAGACAUCGAUGGCAUGGGAGUGCCAGAGAUCAAGUAUGGAGACUCUGUCUGCUACAUCAUGCAUGUGGCGACAGGACUGUGGCUGUCUUACCAGGCACCUGAUGCCAAAUCGUCUCGCCUGGGGCCCCUGAAAAGAAGGGCCUGCCUACAUUCUGAGGGCCACACGGACGACGGGCUGACCCUGCAGCGCUGUCAGCAUGAGGAGUCUCGGGCCGCACGCAUCAUCCGCAACACCACGUUGCUCUUCACCAACUUCAUCAAGGCUUUGGACAGCACUGCAGAGGGUGAGUCCACAGCGGUGGCUGGGUACGUUGAAGAGGUGCUGCAAACACUGAACGAUCUGAUUGAGUACUUCAAGCAGCCGGACUCCGAGUUGGAGCACGAGGAGAAACAGUGUCUUCUCCGUUCACUCAUCAAACGUCAAGACCUCUUCAAAGAGGAGGGGAUGCUGACCCUCUUGUCCAAAUGCAUUGACCGAAUGAACCUGUACAACAGUGCUGCCCACUUUGGAGAGAUGGCUGGGGAGGAGGCAGGCGCUGCCUGGAAGGACAUUCUCAACCUCCUCUAUGAGCUCCUGGCCUCACUGAUUCGUGGGAACAGGAACAACUGCACCCAGUUCUCCCGCAACUUGGACUGGUUGAUCAGCAAACUGGAGAGACUGGAAUCUUCAUCAGGAAUCCUGGAAGUCCUCCACUGUAUCUUGGUAGAAAGCCCAGAGGCUCUGAACAUCAUCCAGAGAGGGCACAUUAAAUCCAUCAUCUCUUUGCUCUACAAGCAUGGACGCAACCACAAGAUUCUUGAUGUGCUGUGUUCCCUCUGCGUUUGUAAUGGGGUGGCAGUGAGAGCCAAUCAAAAUCUGAUCUGUGACAACCUUCUUCCCAAAAGGGACCUGCUGCUUCAGACUCGACUGGUCAAUGAUGUUCACAGUAUGAGACCAAACAUCUUCCUGGGCAUUGCUGAAGGGUCGGCUCAGUACAAGAAGUGGUAUUUUGAGCUGGUGAUCGACCAGGUGGACCACUUUGUCACCGGAGAGCCGACCCACCUGAGGGUGGGCUGGGCCAACACUAAAGGCUACGCUCCGUACCCUGGUGGGGGAGAGGGAUGGGGAGGCAACGGUGUUGGGGAUGACCUGUACUCCUACAGUUUUGAUGGACUUCACCUCUGGUCAGGCCGAAUCCCAAGGGCCGUGGCCUCCAUUAACCAGCACCUGCUGAACUCAGACGAUGUGGUCAGCUGCUGUCUGGAUUUGGGUGCGCCCAGCAUGUCCUUCAGGAUCAACGGGCAGCCUGUCCAGGGCAUGUUCGAGGACUUCAAUAUAGACGGGUUCUUCUUCCCCGUUGUCAGCUUCUCUGCAGGUGUCAAGGUCCGUUUCCUGUUGGGUGGACGCCAUGGAGAUUUCAAGUUCCUGCCGCCCGCUGGUUACUCUCCAUGCUAUGAGGCUCUGUUGCCCAAAGAGAAGAUGCACGUAGAACCUGUGAAGGAGUACAAGCGAGACCAUGACGGGGUCCGUGACCUGCUGGGAACCACUCAGUUCCUCUCUCAGGCUUCCUUCAUCCCCACCCCUGUUGACACCACCCAGAUUGUUCUUCCCCCUCACCUGGACAACGUCCGGGACAAGCUGGCAGAAAACAUCCACGAACUGUGGGGGAUGAACAAGAUUGAACUGGGCUGGACCUAUGGCAAGGUUCGUGAUGACAACAAGAGGCAGCACCCUUGCCUUGUGGAUUUCGCCAAGCUGCCUGAAACUGAAAGGAACUACAACCUGCAGAUGUCCAGUGAAACACUUAAGACCCUGUUGGCACUGGGAUGCCACGUUGCCCAGGUCAAUGUUCACGCUGAGGACGAUCUGAAGAAAAUCAAACUACCCAAAGACUAUAUGAUGUCUAAUGGAUAUAAGCCUGCGCCACUGGACCUCUCUGAUGUGAAACUGACUGCUGGUCAGGAGGUUCUAGUUGAUAAACUGGCCGAGAAUGCACACAAUGUGUGGGCCAAAGACAGAAUUAAACAAGGAUGGACCUAUGGCAUCCAGCAGGAUUUGAAGAGCAGGCGUAAUCCUCGCCUGGUGCCAUAUGCUUUACUUGACGAACGCACUAAGAAGUCUAACAGAGACAGUCUGAGAGAGGCCAUCAGGACCAUGGUUGGAUAUGGAUAUGACAUUGACCCCCCAGACCAGGAGGCUGUCCACGUGGUGGAAGAUCAGAGCAUCGAGACCAUUCGCUUCUUCCGUGUGGAGCAGACCUACGCCGUGAAAACUGGGAAGUGGUACUUUGAAUUUGAAGCCCUGACCGGAGGUGACAUGAGAGUCGGCUGGGCCAGACCAGGCUGCAGACCCGAUGUGGAGCUGGGGGCGGACGACCAAGCCUUCGUUUUCGAUGGUUUCAGGGGUCGACGUAUGCAUGCAGGCAGCCGCUACUUUGGACAUCCUUGGAAAAAGGGCGACGUGGUCGGCUGCAUGAUCAACAUGGAGGACAAAUCCAUGAUUUUCACCCUGAACGGAGAGCUCCUGAUCACCAACAAGGGCUCUGAGCUUUGCUUUGCUGACUUUGAGACAGAGGACGGUUUCAUCCCCGUGUGCAGUCUGGGGAUGUCUCAGAUUGGCCAUAUGAACCUGGGCAAGGACGCCAACACUUUUAAGUAUUACACCAUGUGUGGUCUCCAGGAAGGCUUUGAGCCUUUUGCUGUCAACAUGAAAAGAGACGUCACCAUGUGGUUCAGCAAGCGCCUGCCCACCUUUGUCAACAUACCUGAGGACCACACACAUAUUGAGGUGACAAGGAUUGAUGGAACGGUGGAUAGCCCUCCGUGCCUCAAGGUCACCCACAAGACAUUUGGCACCCAGAACAGCAACAGCGACAUGGUCUACUGUAGACUGAGCAUGCCUGUGGAGUUCUACUCUGCAGACAAGUUACUGGACGAAUCACUGAAACUCAGCCAUCCUCCAAAAGAAGAUGGAACUAUUGACUAUGGAAGCAUCACAACUUACUACCACUCAGUGAGGGUGUUUGCUGGACAGGACCCUGCCUCAGUGUGGGUGGGCUGGGUCACACCAGACUACCACUACUACAGCAAGAACUUCAGCCUCAACAAGACCCGAACAGUCACCGUCACCCUGGGAGAUGAGAGGGGCCGAGUCCACGAGAGCAUCCAGAGGAGUAACUGCUACAUGGUGUGUGGAGCAGAUGCUGUCGGCCCAUCUUCCUCCAGCCGCGCCAACUCUGACCUGGAGAUCGGCUGUCUGAUCGACCUGGCCACUGGCCUCGUUUCCUUCACUGCCAAUGGAAAGGAGCUGCCCACAACUUAUCAGGUGGAGCCAAAUACCAAGCUCUUCCCAGCUGUGUUUGCAUGCCCCACCAGUGCAAACCUCUUCCAGUUUGAGUUUGUCAAGAUCAAGGAUGCCAUGCCACUCUCAGCAGCCAUAUUUAAGAGCGAGCACAGGAACCCGGUACCGCAGUGCCCGCCACGGCUGGAUGUGCAGACCAUCGUGGCCGUGCUGUGGAGCCGGAUGCCAAACACCUUCCUCAAUGUGGAGACGGCUCGGGUCAGCGAGAGGCACGGCUGGGUGGUCCAGUGUCUGGAGCCGCUGCAGAUGAUGGCUGUUCAUAUACCUGAGGAGAACAGGUGUUUGGACAUCCUGGAGUUAUCUGAGCAUGAAGACCUGAGGAAGUUCCACUACCACACGCUGAAGCUGUACUGCGCCCUCUGUGCAUUGGGAAACAAUCGUGUAGCUCACGCCCUCUGCAGCCACUUGGACCAGUCACAGCUCCUCUACACCAUUGACAACCAGUACCUCUCUGGCAUGCUCAGAGAGGGCUUCUACAAUGUCCUUAUCAGCAUCCAUCUUGAGACGGCGAAGGAAGCUCGCCUAAUGAUGAACAACGAGUUCAUCAUCCCCGUGACGGAUGAGACGCGCUCCAUCAAGCUGUUCCCAGACGAGUCCAAGCGGCACUCACUUCCUGGCGUGGGCCUGAGCACCUCCCUCAAACCUCGGGUCAACUUCUCCCCCGUAGGCGCCAUCAGCACCAAACGGCACCAGCACAUCUAUAGCCCCCAGAUCCCUCUGGGCAUCCUGAAGGAGAAAGCCAUCAGCAUGCUCACCGAGGCUGUCCAAGGUGGAGGCACUCACAUCCGAGACCCAGUGGGUGGGAGCGUCGAGUACCAGUUUGUCCCCAUUCUGAAGCUGAUUGGAACGCUGUUAAUCAUGGGAGUCCUAACCAGUGAGGAAGUGAGGCUGAUUCUCCUCCUGAUUGACCCAAAUGUGUUUGGAGAGGCCAAGGAGGGUGAGGAAGUGAAGGGGGAUGAGGUUGCCAUGGUGGGGGAGAAGGAGGAGGUGAGCAAGAAUGAAGAGAAGGCCGUGGAGGCCGGAGAGGAGGAGACCAAGGAGAGUAAACCGCCAGCCAAAGGUCUGCUGGAGAAGUCACUGCCCGAGUCUGUCAAACACCAGAUGUGUGAGCUGCUGCACUACUUCUGUGACUGUGAGCUGAAGCACCGCAUCGAGGCCAUCGUCUCGUUCUCCGACAGCUUCGUGUCCAAGCUGCAGUACAACCAGAAGUUCCGCUACAAUGAGCUGAUGCAGGCGCUCAACAUGUCCGCCGCCGUCACUGCCAAGAAGACCAAAGAGUUUCGGUCCCCCCCGCAGGAGCAGAUCAACAUCCUGUUGAAUUUCAGUGCAGGGGAGGACUGCCCCUGUCCCGAGGAGAUCCAGGAUGAACUCAACGCCUUCCAUGAAGAAUUGCGACUGCACUGUGGAAUUCCAGCGGAAGAGGAAGAGGAAGAGCAGGACACUUCGAUUAAAGGUCGUCUCCUUGCUUUGCUCUACAAGAUCAAGGGUCCACCUCAGAAGACAGAGGAGGAACCCACAGAAACGGAACAGGCUGCUCCCACCAACCUGAAGGAGCUGAUCUCCCAGACCAUAACCAGCUGGGCCCAGGAGUCUCAUAUCCAGGACCCAGAGCUGGUCAGGGUGAUGUUCAGCCUGCUGAGGAGGCAGUACGAUGGCAUCGGGGAGCUGCUCCGGGCCAUGAAGAAAUCCUACACCAUCAGUGCCGCGUCCGUGCAGGAUGCUAUUAACCUACUGGCAUCUCUGGGUCAAAUCAGGUCUCUGCUGUCAGUGCGCAUGGGCAAAGAGGAGGAGAAACUCAUGAUUGAUGGACUCGGUGACAUCAUGAACAACAAGGUUUUCUACCAGCAUCCCAACCUGAUGAGAGUGCUGGGCAUGCACGAGACUGUCAUGGAGGUCAUGGUCAAUGUGCUGGGAGGAGACAAGUCCCAGGAGAUUGCCUUCCCCAAGAUGGUGGCCAGCUGUUGUCGUUUCUUGUGCUACUUCUGUCGUAUUAGUCGCCAGAACCAGAAAGCCAUGUUUGACCACCUGAGCUACCUGCUGGAGAAUAGCAGCGUUGGACUUGCCUCUGAAGCCAUGCGGGGCUCCACUCCGCUGGACGUCGCAGCCUCUUCAGUGAUGGACAACAACGGCCUGGCUCUGGCCCUGGAGGAGCCUGAUUUGGAGAAGGUGGUGACAUACCUGGCAGGUUGUGGUCUCCAGAGCUGCGCCAUGCUGGUUGCUAAGGGUUACCCAGACCUCGGCUGGAACCCCAUAGAGGGAGAGCGUUACCUGUCCUUCCUGCGGUUUGUCGUCUUCUGCAACGGUGAGAGUGUGGAGGAAAAUGCCAAUGUGGUGGUGAAGCUGCUGAUCAGACGCCCGGAGUGUUUCGGCCCCGCCCUGAGGGGAGAGGGAGGCCAGGGUCUGCUGGCUGCCAUGAAGGAGGCCAUCAAGAUCUCUGAGGAUCCUGCCCUGGACCUGCCGAAGACCCCCGAUGGAGUCACUUCUGGGUCUGGUGAGGAAGAAGGAGAAGUUAUCCACAUGGGCAACGCCAUCAUGUCCUUCUACUCCGCUCUGAUUGACCUGUUGGGACGCUGUGCUCCAGAGAUGCAUCUUAUCAAUGCGGGUAAAGGUGAGGCGCUGCGUAUCAGAGCCAUCCUGCGCUCUCUGGUUCCCACCACAGACCUGGUGGGCAUCAUCAGCAUCCCCCUCAAAAUGCCUGUGGUCAAUAAAGACGGCACAGUGACAGAGCCUGACAUGUCAGCCUGUUUCUGUCCGGACCACAAGGCCCCCAUGGUGCUCUUCCUGGACCGAGUGUAUGGCAUCGAGGAUCAGAGCUUCCUGCUCCAGAUGUUGGAGGUUGGCUUCCUGCCCGACCUCCGAGCCUCGGCGUCUCUGGAUACGGAGGUAUUGAGCACCACUGAGACGGCGUUGGCCAUGAACAGGUACAUCGGCUCAGCCCUGCUGCCCCUGCUGACCCGCUGUGCCGCUCUCUUUGCUAACACGGAGCACCACGCACAGCUGGUCGACUCGACCCUGCAGACCAUCUACCGGCUGUCCAAAGGCCGCUCGCUCACCAAAGCCCAAAGGGACGCCAUUGAGGAAUGUCUUCUGGCUAUCUGCAAGCAUCUGCGUCCCUCCAUGAUGCAGCAGCUGCUUAGACGGCUGGUGUUCGACGUUCCCAUGCUCAACGAAUACUGCAAGAUACCUCUCCGGCUGCUGACCAACCACUAUGAGCAGAACUGGAAGUACUACUGCCUGCCGUCUGGUAUGGGCAGCUUUGGCAUAGCCUCCGAGGAGGAGCUCCUCCUCACUAAGAAACUGUUCUGGGGAAUCUUCGACUCCCUUUCUCAAAAGAAGUAUGACGCUGAACUUUUCAAAAUGGCCAAGUCGUGUCUGUGUGCCAUCGCUGGAGCCCUGCCACCUGACUUUGUGGAUUCCAGUCUUGGGGCAACUCUGGAAAAACAGGCAUCAGUGGAUGCACAGGGCAACUUUGACCCCAAACCCAUCAACACUGCCAAUAUCUCCCUUCCUGAAAAACUUGAGUACAUUGCCAACAAAUAUGCAGAGCAUUCCCAUGACAAGUGGUCCUCAGAGAAGGUGUCAGCGGGCUGGAAACAUGGAGACAGUGUGGAUGAGCAGGCUAAAACCCAUCCGCUUCUGAAACCUUACAAAGCUCUGAGUGAGAAGGAGAGAGAAACAUACCGCUGGCCAGUGAGGGAGUCACUGAAGAGCAUGUUGGCAAUGGGUUGGAACAUUGAGAGGACCAAGGAGGGAGAAGCCAUGUUCCAGCAGCGAGAGAACGAAAAACAACGAAAGAUUUCAGAGUCUCAGGUUAAUGGAUUCAGUCCUGCUCCGAUGGACCUGCAUAAUGUCACUUUGUCUAGAGAGUUACAGGGCAUGGUGGAAGUGGUUGCAGAAAAUUACCACAACAUCUGGGCCAAGAAGAAGAAAACUGAACUCGUUAGCAAAGGAGGAGGGACCCACCCGCUGCUGGUUCCCUAUGACACCCUGACAGCUAAAGAGAAGUACAGAGACAGGGAGAAGGCCCAGGAGCUCUUCAAGUUUCUGCAGAUCAGUGGCUAUGCUAUCACAAGAGGUCUGAAGGACAUGGAGCAGGAGUCGUCAUCCAUGGAGAAGCGUUUUUCCUUCAAGUUCCUCAAGAGGCUCCUCAAAUACAUCGACUCUGCCCAGGAGUUUAUUGCUCACCUUGAGGCCAUGGCCACCAGUGGGAAGACGGACAAAUCACCUCAUGACCAGGAAAUUAAGUUCUUUGCCAAGGUGUUGCUUCCUCUGACAGAUCAGACUUUUAAGAACCACUGUCUCUACUUCCUGUCCACGCCCAGCAAGAACCUGAGCAGCUGCGGCUGUGCCUCCAACAAAGAGAAGGAGAUGGUGACCAGCCUGUUCUGUAAGCUAGCAGCUCUUGUCAGACACAGGAUUUCUCUCUUUGGGAGUGACUCAGCAAUGAUGGUGAGCUGUCUGCACAUCCUCACGCACUCCCUUGACACCAGAACGGUGAUGAAGUCUGGCGCGGAGCUGGUCAAAGCUGGGUUUAGGACCUUCUUUGAGAACGCGGCGGAGGACUUGGAGAAGCUGCUGGAGAUGCUGAAACUGGGGAAGUUCAUGCAGUCCCGUGCCCAGAUGAAGAGUGUCAGCCAGAGCAUCAACUAUGUGACCGUGGCCCUGCUGCCCAUCCUCACUGCCCUGUUUGACCAUAUAAGGACACAUGAUUUUGGAUUGGACCUUCUGUUGGAUGACGUGCAGCUGUCCUGCUACCGAAUCCUGAUGUGUUUCUACUCUCUGGGAACAGGAAAGAACGUCUUUGUGGAGAGGCAUCUUCCUGCACUGGGGGAGAGCCUGGCGACCUUGGUGGGGGCCAUGCCUGUGGCCUUCCUGGAGCCCCACCUAAAUGCCCACAAUCCACUCUCUGUCUUCAACACCAAGACCCCCAGAGAGAGAGCCAUUCUCAGUAUGCCGGACACGGUGGAGGAGAUGUGUCCAGAGAUGCCUCGUCUUGACAGACUCCUGAAAGAUGUCAAUGAUCUCUCGGAGUCUGGUGCUCGCUACAGUGACAUGCCACAGGUUAUUGAGGUGAUCUUCCCCAUGCUGUGUAACUAUCUCUCUUACUGGUGGGAGAAAGGCCCGGAGAACUCACCUCCAGGUGCCGAGUGCUGCACCAUGGUGACCUCUGAACACCUCAGCAUCAUCCUGGGAAAUAUCCUCAAGAUCCUCAACAACAACCUGGGCAUUGAUGACGCACCAUGGAUGAAGAGGAUUGCAGUCUACUCUCAGCCAAUCAUCUGCAAGGCUGGAGCAGAUCUGCUGAGAACCCACUUCCUGCCCACACUGGACAAACUAAAGAAGAAGACGGUGAAGGUUGUGGCUGAAGAGGAGCUGCUGAAAGCCGACAGCAAAGGUGACAACCAGGAGGCCGAGCUGCUGAUCCUGGAUGAGUUUGCUGUGCUUUGCAGGGACCUCUAUGCUUUCUACCCCAUGCUCAUCCGUUAUGUGGAUAACAACAGGUCUAGGUGGCUGAAGGAGCCUGAUGCUGACUCCACUGAGCUCUUCAGGAUGGUGGCUGAGAUCUUUAUCCUCUGGUGCAAGUCCCAUAACUUUAAGCGUGAGGAGCAAAACUUUGUGGUUCAGAAUGAGAUCAACAAUUUGGGCUUCCUGACUGGAGAGGGCCAGACAAAGAUGUCCAAGUCAGGUGGUGACCAGGAGAGGAAACACAAGCGUCGUCGUGGUGAAUACUACUCCAUCCAGACCUCUCUGAUUGUCGCUGCCUUGAAGAAGAUGCUGCCCAUCGGCCUCAACAUGUGCACCCCAGGUGACCAGGAGCUCAUCUCUUUGGCCAAGAUACGCUACAGCCUGAAAGACACAGAUGAUGAGGUGAAGGAGCACCUGCGUCAGAAUCUCCAUCUCCAGGACAAGUCUGAUGACCCAGCGGUCCAGUGGCAGCUGGACCUGUACAAGGAUGUGGUGGUGAAGAGUGAAGAGCCUGCAGACCCAGAACACACAGUAGACCGAGUCCAGAGCAUCUCUGCUGCAGUUUUCCACCUGGAGCAGGUGGAGCAGCCUCUGAGGAAUAAGAAGUGUGUGUGGCAGAAGCUGCUGUCCAAACAGCGCAAGCGUGCUGUGGUGGCUUGUUUCCGUAUGGCUCCACUCUACAAUCUACCCAGGCAUCGCGCUAUCAACUUCUUCAUCCCGGCCUAUCAGAGACUUUGGAUAGAGGCAGAGGAGUACUCCUUUGAGGAGAAGCUAGUUCAGGAUCUGGCAAAAACCCCCAUGAAGGUUGUGGAGGAGGAGGAAGAGGAGGUGGCUGAGAUCCAGCCCGACCCUCUCCAUCAGCUCAUCCUCCACUUCAGCCACAACGCUCUGACAGAGAGAAGUCACUUGGAAGAAGAUCCUUUGUAUAUUGCGUAUGCAGACAUGAUGGCAAAGAGCUGUGCAGAGGACGAGGAGGAAGAAGAGGAGGAAGGGAAAGAAAAGACAUUUGAGGAAAAGGAGAUGGAAAAGCAGAAGAUCCUGUAUCAGCAGGCGAGGCUGCACGCCCGUGGGGCUGCAGAGAUGGUGCUGCAGAUGAUCAGCGCCAGUAAAGGUCGUCUAGGCCCCAUGGUGACCUGCACCCUCAAACUGGGAAUCUCCAUCCUAAAUGGAGGCAACGUGCAAGUUCAGCAGAAAAUGCUCGAUUACCUGAAAGAGAAAAGGGACGCAGGGUUUUUCAAGAGUCUCUCAGGACUGAUGCAGUCUUGCAGUGUCCUGGACUUGAAUGCAUUUGAGAGGCAGAACAAAGCAGAAGGUCUUGGCAUGGUGACAGAGGAAGGUUCAAUCCACACUCAGCGGGGCUCCAAGGUGCUACAGAAUGAUGAGUUUACUAAAGAUCUGUUCCGGUUUUUGCAACUUCUGUGUGAGGGGCACAAUGGAGAUUUCCAGAACUUCCUGAGAACCCAGACUGGAAACACAACCACAGUCAACAUCAUUAUCAGCACAGUUGACUAUCUGCUCCGUCUUCAGGAAUCUAUCAGCGACUUCUACUGGUACUACUCUGGCAAAGAUGUCAUUGAUGAGACUGGAAAAGUCAACUUCUCCAAAGCUUUAUCUGUAGCCAAGCAGAUUUUCAACUCACUGACUGAGUACAUUCAGGGUCCGUGUAUUGGGAACCAGCAGAGUCUCGCUCACAGCAGACUGUGGGAUGCAGUCGUGGGCUUCUUGCAUGUAUUUGCCAACAUGCAAAUGAAGCUAUCUCAGGAUGCCAGUCAGAUUGAGCUGUUGAAGGAGCUGAUGGAUUUACAGAAGGACAUGGUUGUCAUGUUGCUGUCUCUGCUUGAGGGUAAUGUGGUGAAUGGAACAAUUGGAAAGCAGAUGGUCGACACUCUGGUGGAGUCUUCUAACAAUGUGGAGAUGAUCCUCAAGUUCUUCGACAUGUUCCUCAAAUUGAAGGAUCUGACGACCUCUGACAACUUCAGGGAGUACGACCCCGAGUGUAAAGGCAUUAUUUCAAAGAAGGAGUUCCAGAAGUCCAUGGAGAGUCAGAAGCAGUACACCCAGUCUGAGAUUGAUUUCCUGCUCUCGUGUGCAGAGGCGGAUGAGAACGACAUGUUUAAUUACAAGGAGUUUGUGGAGCGGUUCCAUGAGCCGGCCAAAGAUAUCGGCUUCAACGUGGCAGUGCUGCUGACCAACCUGUCCGAACACAUGCCGCACGACUCUCGACUCGCCACCUUCUUGGAUCUGGCAGAGAGCGUGCUCAGCUACUUUGAACCAUACCUGGGUCGUAUUGAGAUCAUGGGCAGUGCAAAGCGUAUCGAGAGGGUUUACUUUGAGAUCAGCGAGUCGAGCCGCGAACAGUGGGAGAAGCCGCAGGUCAAAGAGUCCAAGCGUCAGUUCAUCUUUGAUGUGGUCAAUGAAGGCGGAGAGAGCGAGAAGAUGGAAAUGUUUGUGAAUUUCUGUGAGGACACCAUCUUUGAGAUGCAGCUGGCUUCACAGAUCUCUGAGCCUGACAUGGUUGAACAGCCUGAGGAGGAGGAAGAGGAGGACGGACACAGCAUCCUGGACGAGCUGGCUGGAGAGGAAGGAGGCGCCUUAGAGUCGGCCUCAGCCUUCACCACUGCGUGUUGCUCAGUCAAGAAGAAGGUUGCGCAUGUUCGACACAUUUUAUCUAUUAAAAACAUACGCAAGCAGUUCAAGAAGGUCAAGAAACUGAGCAUCAGGGAGAUUAUCACAGGCUUCUUCUCCUUCUUCUGGAUGCUCUUUACCGGCUUCUUUAAGGGAAUCUACGGCCUCAUCUUUGGUUUCUUCCACGUCAUUUGGUCCUCCAUGUUUGGCGGUGGCCUGGUAGAGGGCGCCAAGAACAUGAAGGUCACAGACAUCCUUGGAAACAUGCCUGACCCGACCCAAUUUGGUAUCCAUGGAGAUGUGAUAGAAGGAGAAAAAUUGGAGGCCAUAGAGUCAACAGGAAACUUGGAUAUAGCCAUGGCACCAGCAGGGGACAUAGCAGAGGUGGACUUGAUGUUGGAGAUGCUGACGAUGCCUAAAAAGGAAGGAGGGAAACAUGUGGAACCCGGCCUGGGCGAUGUUUCAGAGCUGUGUGCAGAAACGUCAACUGCUGAUCACAAAAAGAAAGCUGCUUCCAAGCCUGUUGAAACCCCCGAGAGUGAACCAGAAAAAGCAGACACAGAGAACCAAGAGAAGGAGGAUAAACCAAAGGAGGAGGAGGCCAAGGAACCAGUGACGGAGGAGAAGCCCAAGACCAGAUCGAGCCAGCCUAAAGAGGCGGCACCUGCCUUCAUGUCCAGUAUCUUUGCUGUUCUGGACAUCUACCUGACAAAGACGCUGAACUACCUGGCUCGUAACUUCUACAACAUGCGCUUCCUGGCUCUGUUUGUGUGUUUUGCCAUCAAUUUCAUUCUGCUCUUCUACAAGGUCACUGGAGAAGCAGAUGAAGAAAUCGACGAUGAAAACAGCUGGGGUGAGGACGAAGAGGAGGCUGAUGAGAACACGCUUUUUGACAUGGAUGAGUUUGUGCUUCAGGAGAGCACCGGCUACAUGUUACCCACGCUGCGCUUCUUAGCUGUUUUCCACACUGUCAUCUCGCUGCUCUGUGUGCUUGGGUACUACUGUCUGAAGGUUCCCUUGGUGGUGUUCAAGAGGGAGAAGGAGAUUGCCAGGAAGCUUGAAUUUGAUGGUCUGUACAUUACUGAGCAGCCGUCUGACGAUGACAUUAAAGGACAGUGGGAUCGACUCGUCAUCAACACCCCGUCUUUCCCCAGCAACUACUGGGACAAGUUUAUCAAGCGCAAGGUGAUCAACAAAUACGGUGAUCUGUAUGGAGCCGAACGCAUUGCUGAGCUCUUGGGCCUGGAUAAGAGCGCUCUCGACUUUGACCCCACAGUGGAGACUGUUGAGAAGGAAGCCUCACUGCUCUCCUGGCUGAGCUCCAUUGACACAAAGUACCACAUCUGGAAACUGGGCGUGGUUUUGACUGACAAUUCCUUCCUGUAUCUGAUCUGGUACACCACUAUGUCCAUUUUUGGACACUUCAACAACUUCUUCUUUGCUGCUCAUUUGCUGGACAUCGCCAUGGGCUUCAAGACCCUUCGCACGAUCCUGUCUUCUGUCACUCACAACGGGAAGCAGCUUGUGCUGACUGUGGGUCUGCUGGCUGUGGUCGUCUAUCUCUACACUGUGGUGGCCUUCAACUUCUUCAGGAAGUUCUACAAUAAGAGUGAGGAUGAAGACGAGCCUGACAUGAAGUGCGACGAUAUGAUGACGUGCUAUCUGUUCCACAUGUAUGUCGGUGUGAGAGCUGGAGGAGGUAUUGGAGACGAGCUGGAGGACCCGGCUGGAGACCCCUAUGAGCUCUACCGCAUCCUGUUUGACAUCACCUUCUUCUUCUUUGUCAUCGUCAUCCUGCUGGCCAUCAUUCAGGGUUUGAUCAUCGAUGCCUUUGGUGAGCUGAGAGACCAGCAGGAGCAGGUGAAGGAGGACAUGGAGACCAAAUGCUUCAUCUGCGGAAUAGGCAACGACUACUUUGACCGGACGCCUCAUGGGUUUGAAACCCACACCUUACAAGAGCACAACCUAGCAAACUACCUGUUCUUCCUGAUGUACCUGAUUAACAAGGAUGAGACUGAACACACGGGCCAGGAAUCUUACGUGUGGAAGAUGUACCAGGAGAGAUGCUGGGACUUCUUCCCUACUGGAGACUGUUUCCGUAAGCAAUAUGAGGACCAGCUGGGUUAGAGGGGGUGGGGUCCCCACCGAACACCCCUCUCUUUUUUCAGUCUAUCUGAAAAAGACAAUGAACUCGACUUCACCCUGUUAACAGAACCUGAACACUCGCUGGACUUCCUCUGCUGCCAUGCUGUCAAAAAAUGUGAAGAAAAAAAACCAAAAACAUUAAUUUAUGAAUUCAAAUACACGUAAAAGAUCAUUUAAAGAAAAUUAUUUUAAGACUUAAGACUGAUGAGUGGACGUUUGUGCAUCCAAGUCCUCUUCCUCUUUGUUACCGAAAACAGUCACUUGCCACGACGCCUCUGUUAUGCAAAUUCUUCUUUUGAUUCUGAUUCACAUUGCCUUUUCACUUGCUUAACCCCAACCUGUUGCACAGUUUGUUGUGUGUAGACAUUUGAUAUACACGUGGAGGGUUACAGCAUGACGACUGAAUGUCUGAACAUGCACAUUUUCUAGUUUAACGCCAGGAUGUUAGUGUCACGUGCCAAACCAGCUGAAUGGACGUGAGCUGCUAGUACUGAUCCAGUUAACAUCCGAUGAAACGAGUGAGACCUGAUCUGCCUUUCAACGCUGGUUCAAAUCUGUCUGAUGAAACGAAGAUGGUUCUUCCAGGACCAGAGACGAAUCACUUUUAGGUGUUUAUCAAGAGCCAACGUGCCUUAAGAGAAACUAUGCAAAAGAAAAAAAAAACUACAAAAAAAAAAUCAUUUUUGUCCCUCCUGACACACAAGCAGUGCUCUAGUUCUGGAUUAGUUACAAGCAAAUUUAGCUCAAGCUAGUUUUGUGGCUUUUAAAUAAAUAAAAAAAAGAGAGAAACAUUUGUUGUAUAAAAUCUAGAUGACCCUUGUGUAAAUGUUGCUUAGUUUGGUUUUGUUCCUAAGCUGUGGUGUCCUGCCCGCCUUCACUUCUGUCCACAGUAGAAAAAAAAAAACACACAAUAAGAGGAAAAUGAAAAAACAAACCUUGGUUCAGGGAUUUAUUGACAACAAGAUGGUUAACUGCUGUUGUAUGGCCAUUUGUAUGUAUGUAGUAGCUUUGGUAAACUGCAUUUCUUUUAAUGAGGGGGAGGAAAUGAAUAAAUUAAUUGACGCAAUAAACCAAA